UCCCGCGGAGGAGUGGGACCUCCUGACAGUUGGACGAUCUUCAGCGUGUCAACAUUACAGAAAUGAGCAGCAGACAGCGUCUAAACACGCUCACUACCGCGUGUGUCAGCGACCUCUUUACGUGAACACCUCGAGGAGCAGCGCAGACGGCCGGCUGAACCUCAAUUAGCAGCAGCGGCGGCAGCAGGAGGAGGAAUAGGAGGAGUCCUGAAUCUGACAUGCUGAUAGAGUAGUAUCAACCCCACUGAUGGAAACCCAGAGUAAGAGCUCUUGGGACGAUGGCAGCGGCGGCGAGCGAGGACUGCUCCACUCUUGGAAGGGCUACUCUUACAGCAUCACCCCAGAGAGGCUGCUCCUCCCCCGGCCGGUCCUCCAGGUCGCUCUGGGUUCGCAGCAUGGCGUUCUCCUGGUGGAAGGGGGACAGGUGUACAGCUUCGGCGAGUUGCCGUGGAAGCAGAGUCAAGUGCCAGAGCCAGCCAAACCGACCCUGGAGAGCGCGCUCAGUGGGCAGCGGGUGGUCACAGUCGCAGCCGGAAGCUUUCACAGUGGGGCAGUGACGGAGGAUGGCGGCAUCCACAUGUGGGGGGAGAACAGUGCGGGACAGUGCGGCUUGUCGGGCCUUAGCACUGUUCCCAACCCGACUCCUGUCGCCCUGCAGGACUUGGACACUGUCACUGUCCCCCUGCAGACGGUGCCUGUGCUGGAGCUGGCUUGUGGGGAGAAGCACACCCUGGCUCUGUCGGUGCAGCGUGAGGUGUGGGCAUGGGGCAGCGGUUGCCAGCUGGGCCUCAAUGCCGCCGUCUUCCCUGUGUGGAAGCCUCAGAAGGUGGAGCACCUGGCAGGUCGGUAUGUUUUACAGGUGGCCUGCGGGGCAUCUCACAGCCUCGCUCUGGUGCGCUGCCUGGGGUCUCACGAUGGCCACCGGCCUCAUGUGGACAAAUGUGGGAGGUGUAACGAACUGCUCUACACCAUGACAGACAAAGAGGACCACGUCAUCAUCUCUGACAGCCACUACUGCCCGCUUGGCGUGGAGCUGACCGAGGAUGACGGCAAGCUGGAGGCUCCCAACCCAACCACAGGUCUCAAAACAUCCCCAUCAGAGCCUGUCCUCCCCUCCUACACCUCAAAGUCAGAGUCCCCGGCAGUGCCUACAGUUGCUGACCCCACCUCUGUCCCCUCCCAACCUCAUGCCUCUGAGGAAGGGGAAGCAUCUUUGGUUAAUGGCAUGCUCCAGGUCUCAGACUCAGACACCUCGGCUCUAUCUGGAGCUGAGAGUGAUGCUGUUGCCGGGGCCAAGAGCUCACCAUAUCCAGACGAGCAGGCCGUGAAGGACUACCUGAAGAAGCUGUCCGACAACACACAGACGAACACACAGGCAAGCGGAGGGCUGAACGCUCUGCUGCCCUCAACUGGAGGACUGAUGUCCUCCACCCCCACCUCGGCACUCAACAACCUGGUUGCCUCCUGCGCCUCUGCAGUGGGCGGGCGAGUGGCCUCCACCUACGAGGCCCUGUCCCUGAAAAAGAUGAUGAACUUCUACCUCCCCUCAGGGGCCUCGCGGUCAGGAGGAUCCCCUGGAGUGGUCGAUAACUCUGCUGAGCGUGUCCGCCAGGAGGACUCCAUGCAGGGGAAGAAGAGCUCCAGCACAGGGGACAUCCGUGAAGAGGAGGCAGAGGGUCUGCGACGCCGCCUCUCGCUGCCAGGGCUGCUCUCACAGGGUAGAUACGCUGUUCACCUCUUAUCCUCCUCCUAUGGCCUGCUGCUGUCACCGCGACUGCUAAGGAAAGCCGGUCGUCCCAAAAUGCGAGCGGUCGCCCUCACCCCGCUGGGAGGGGCCAUCCCCGAGGACCACGAGGUGCUGCCCACCCUGCAGACAGAGGUGUGGAGCUGGGGCCACGGCGAGCAUGGACAGCUGGGACACGGAGACAACCUGGCCAGGUUGGACACACCUGUCACAGUAAUAACAGGAUGUCUGGACCAUAAAGGCAAAUGUUCAAGACUGCAGCCGCUCUGCAUCAAGAGUCUGAACAACAAGGAGGUGGUGCGGGUGGCGGCCGGCGCUCACCAUUCCCUCGCUCUGACGGCUCAGUCUCAGGUGUUUUCAUGGGGCAGUAACAGCUCUGGCCAGCUGGGACACAUGGAGUCACCGAGCACCGUCCCCCGCCUCGCCAAGCUGUCAGAAGGGAUCCGAGUGUGGGACGUUAGCGCGGGAGAGAGGCACACACUCCUGCUCGCAGACGGAGACUGCAUCCAGCCCAUCAUUUACUACAGCGGGCAGCAGGUGAAGGAGGGCGAGGAGGAGGGGGGUAAUGAGAAGGAGCUGCAUCAGCAGGGAGGAGGAGAGGAGGAAGAGGAGGAGCAGGCGGGGGGCUACACCCAGCAGCCUGUUCUGCUGCCCUUCUGCAUGAAUCUUGGUUAUGUGAGCAGUGUGUUCGCGGGUGGGCGGCGGUGCGUGGCACUCUCUGACAGGAAUGUGAUGGGCUUCAUCGCCAGCCUCCACGAGCUCGCGUCAGCUGAGAGGAGGUUUUACUGCAAGCUGUGUAACAUCAAGUCUCAGAUCUUACGCCCUCUGCUGGAGCUGGAGUCUCUGAGCUCGGCCCUCGGGCAGGUCAUCUUCGGCCUCCUGCAGACACUGGCGAACAUGUUUGGCCGUCUGUGUCACCUGACUGGGCAGCACGCCACCAGCCUCACUGCUAGCUUGCGGCGUUGUCGUGAGGUCAAAAGCCUUCUCAUCUUGGAGCACACCAGUAUUUUCCUCGACUGUUACAACGAUUACUGCAGCGCCGUCGGAAACUUCCAGGUGAUGGGAGGCUUCCAGGCUCUGACCAAACCAUCCAUAGACUUGUUUGGGAAAGGUCCGGAGCUGCUCCAGAAGCUGUCAGAGUGCGGCGAGGAGAACCUCACCACAGCCGACCUCCUGGUGGUGCUCUUCUACCUCCCUGCACGCCACCUUCACGAAUACAGCCGGCUGCUGCUCAAACUGGCCACCUGCUUCGAAGUGGUAGGUGGAAGAAACUCGAGCAGCAGCGCAUGUGACCUCAAAUGUUCCACUGAGUAUCAGAAGCUUCAGGACAGCUGCUCCAAGUUUGAAGCUUCGGUCUUGCAACUGAAGCGAAAAAGGAAAGAGGCCGACUACACUGUUCACUUCUGGAAGAUCUUUCCUGGAAAAAUGACGGACUCUCUGCGGAAGCCUUACCGGCGGCUGAUCUGCGAGAGCAGCAACAAAGGUCUGACCCUGCAGAAUGCCGGCAGGUUCUCCGUCAACUGGUUCAUCCUGUUCAACGAUGUUUUGGUCCACGCACAGGGCGUGGCGCCUUGUAAAAAUCUUUUCUCCACCCAUCACAUCUUCCCUUUGGCCACGCUGUGGGUGGAGCCAAUCCCAGAGGAGGACACGGGCCUGUAUGGGUUAAAGGUGAUCACUCCUGAGGAGACGCUCACCCUCCUCGCCUCGUCUCCCAUGGAGAAGAUCAAGUGGCUUCGCUCCAUCAACCAGGCGGUGGACCAGGCCCUGAGCGGAAAGGGACAGGACGUGGCGUCAGGCAGCUCAGUGCAGAAGUUGGAGCCUCCCAUCUCCAGAACAGCUUCGUACACGUUUUAUAAGGAAGGGCGACUGAAGGAUGCGACAUAUGAGGGUCGCUGGCUGUCUGGAAAGCCCAACGGCAGAGGUGUUUUGAAAUGGUGUGAUGGGAGAAUAUAUACUGGGGCAUUCAAGAAUGGACUAGAAGAUGGCUUUGGUGAGUUUGUGGCCCCCAAUAAGACGCUGAACAAGAACGACCACUAUCAAGGUUACUGGAAGGAUGGCAAGAUGCACGGCCUGGGGACAUACAGGUAUGCCAGCGGUGAAGUUUAUGACGGGUCCUUUCAGGAGGGCGUGCGGCACGGUCACGGCAUGCUGCGCAGUGGCAAGCUGAACACCUCGUCCCCCAGCGUCUUCAUUGGUCAGUGGCUGCAGGACAAGAAGACCGGCUAUGGAGUCUUUGACGAUAUCACCAAAGGAGAGAAGUACAUGGGCAUGUGGCAGGACCACCAGCGGCAGGGCACCGGAGUGGUGGUCACCCAGUUUGGCCUGUACUAUGAAGGAGCUUUUAAAGACAACAAGAUGAUGGGCACUGGUGUCCUUCUGUCAGAGGACGACACGACGUACGAGGGCGAAUUCUCAGACGACUGGACCCUCAGUGGAAAGGGCGUGCUGACCAUGCCCAAUGGUGACUACCUGGAGGGCUCCUUCAAUGGCGAAUGGGGCUCUGGUCUCAAAGUGACGGGCUCCUACUUUAAACCACACCUGUUCGACACCGACAAGGACAAGACCCAAGCCAUGAAGCUGGGUCAUCUGUGUGUGUGUGCCGAGGAUAAGUGGCCGGCGGUUUUCGAGGAGUGUUGGAGUCAGCUGGGCUGUGAGGCUCCGGGCCGAGGGGAGCCCGAAAAGGCCUGGGAGAAUAUUGCUGUGGCCCUCACCAUCAGCCGGCGACACAUCCUGGACAGUCCGGAUGUUUUGUCUCGAUCUCACAACAAAACGCUGGAGAGUCUGGAAGUCAUCCCGCAGCACGUAGGGCCGAUCACCAUGGACAGAUACAACGCCAUCCGCCUCUACCUAAUCAAGGCGUGUGACACUCCGCUGCACCCUCUGGGUCAGCUGCUGGAGAGCCUGGUGGCGGUCUACAGAAUGACCUACGUGGGUGUUGGCGCCAACCGUCGGCUCCUGCAUCAGGCCGUCAGCGAGAUUAAAUCUUACCUCAACCGCAUCUUCCUGAUUGUCAGAUUUUUAUUCCCAGACCUGCCAGAAGAGGGCGGUCUAAUCCCAGAGCCGACCACCGACCUGCAGGAGAAGAAUGAGCCCAAUUCUACUGAUGCCCUGCCGGAGUCUCCCAAACCUGCCCGCGUGGUGAGCAGCUCGGCUCUGCUGCUUCCUGUCCUUCUGCCCCGUCUCUACCCGCCGCUCUUCACCCUCUACGCCCUGGACAAGGAGAGAGAGGACGACGUGUACUGGGAGUGCGUCCUGCGCCUCAACAAGCAGCCCGACCUCGCCCUGCUCGCCUUCCUGGGCGUCCAGCAAAAGUUUUGGCCCGUUUCCAUCCCAGCAUCUUUGCCUGCGCCUGGCGAGAAGCAACUGGUCAUCUCCAGCACCAAAGACGCCUGCUUUGCUUCUGCAGUGGAAACACUACAGCAGAUCAGCACAACCUUCACGCCAUCAGACAAGCUGCAGGUGAUCCAGCUCACUUUCGAGGAGAUCACACAGGAGGUCCAGGCGCUUCUGAAGCAGGACUUCCUGUGGUCCAUGGACGACCUCUUCCCUGUCUUCCUCUAUGUAGUACUACGAGCGCGUAUCAGGAACCUCGGUUCUGAGGUCAGUCUGAUCGAAGACCUGAUGGACCCCUGCGUCCAGCACGGAGAACACGGCAUUAUGUUCACCACCCUCAAGGCCUGCUACUACCAGAUCCAGCAUGAGAAGGUCACUUAAGACGAGACUGCUGCUAAGUCCUCGGUGACCUUCAUGCUGCUGAUUUUCCACUCCCCUCCUCUCAGCUCCAGUAGCCGGGCAUGAGGAUGACUGACAGGGAGGAGGAGGGGUCAUAAGAACAGGUCAUCGAAUGCUGCUUGGACACAUCCCGUCACAGACCCUCCCUCCCUGAAACACUCAUCAUCCACAGGUGAUGAAGGUAGAAAUGUGGCCGUGAUGACAGACGCGAGCACAGUCGCACUAUCCAUGUGGGUGGAGUUGGGGAAUAAAGAUGACUGUUAUUAAAUCACCUUUAGCAGGGAGGGAGUGCAAAGUUUGUCUGUGGGAUACCGGACCUCAUUUUUUCUCCUUAAAAUUUUUAAUCUUAAAAAAAAAAAACAGUAAAUCUGGAAACAUGAAUUAUUUUCAGUGAAAGCUACAUGAAGAGGAAGUAACUCUAUAAACUGUGGAUUCAUAAACUUUAUAAUCUGAGAUGGAUGCCUACGGUUAGUGGCUGUUAGGCACUGCAGGGGGGGAGCCGGUCCUGAAGGAAGUUUUUUUUGUUUUGUUUUGUUUUGUUUUGUUUUGUUUUUUUUGCAAGUAAAACUGACACUUGUUCAAAAUUUCUUUGGAGAGGAUUUAUCUGGGCAAGCUGACUGCCCAUUUUCAUACUGUAUUUAAAGAAAGAACGUGUUACAGCAUCAGUGAAUGGACCUGAAUCUAAACAGUUGCUUAUAAAAAAAAAUUUUUAUUUCUUCAUUUGAAGCCGGAUUGUUGACUUGAAAGCAUACUCACACGUCCUCUGAACAUAACCUCAGACUGUUACAUUUAAAAUGCGUAUCCUUCCUCUGGCCUUUAGUGCAUACAUUAUUAGGUGUCUGUUUUUUGGGGGAUAUCAGCUGUAGAGAUGCUCAACUUGUGGUGCUCAAAGCAGCAAAGCAAAUGCGUUUAAAUAUCUUGUAAGUAAGACUGAAAAACUUUUUGUUUCACCUCCUCUCGCCUCACAUCACUGUCACUCACAGCAGCUGCUGACUUGAUGAGGAUUUAGUUGCUUUUCAUGCCAUUUAAAAGUGGUAUCUAAGGUAAAAUCAAAAGCGACUUCACCACCACUUUGGAGUCUUUGGCUCAAUUACAGAAGCACAUUUGCGAUCAUGUGGGUCUUUACCUAUCUGUGAUCUGCAAAUACCUGAACUAAUUUUCUGACAUAUCAUCAAAACAGAUCCUGAAAAGACUUUCUGGAAAAAGCUUAAUUUACUUCCUGCUUCUGCUAACACCAGCAUGUUACUGGUUACAGAGCCGUCACUUUAAUCGUCUACACAGCAGGUUCUGUUACCAUUAACGAGGCUUCAGAAAUGAGGUCUAAUUUUAGAAAUCAUGAUCUGGGUAUUUUAAUAAAAUGGUGGAACUAUUUUCUUUGACCACCUACAGACCAAACAAGCUAACAUCAGAGCUCAGCCAAGCGGCUGCCGUCCAUGUUUGUCCUGUCAUAUGAUACUUCUUUCUGCACAGGGAUCCAUUUCCAGGUGUACUGGGAGCAGUGGUGGUUGGAAGAACAAACAAAGUUCCUGUAGUCUAGAAAUUGAUGAGUUUUCAAGACUUCUUAAUGCCUUGAGCACCACAAGGUGUGCAGUGCCACCUGGUUUGUUUUAUGUUCAUAAGAUUAAAGAGAAGACUUAUACCUUUAGAGGAAACAAUAAAAAAAAAACAACCAGCACUGCAGGCCAGAGGAAAAAUAUGUAUUUAAUGUUUUCUUUUGUUUUUUUUAAGAUGAGCUAUUCAUUAUUCAGUCCACAGAAAUGUCUUUUCAUUGACAGCGUUUUGCAGGAGGUGUCUUUGGUUUGUAUUUCUGAGCCCAGUGUUCGCAGGACAGUCUUACAGCUCUGCAAGAUGGUGGUAGGAAGUGGAAAUUUGGCGCUUUUGGAGAACCUGUGUUGCUCUUUAUUACAGUCUUAUUUAUUAGUCUCACUAAUAAAAAAAUAAGGAUUCGAAUCUUUAAUCUUAGGAGUUGAGGACAAGAUGUGUUUUUUUUUUUUUUUAAAUGUUAUUCCCAAAAAAGCUGAAAAUUCCUUCUGCUUUUUAGAGAUAAGUUUUGUUUUGUUUUUUUACAGUACAAUGACAGUGACGUUGUACAAUUCACUUAUGUUGUAUUAACGCUACCUGACGGUUUGUUUCCACUCUUUCUUACCACCUGAGAAGCUUUCUCGUUCAUCACUGCUUCAUUUUGAGCAACUAGCCAUCCACUUCCUCGCUCUGUGGUUACACUUUUUAGCUUUAUGCAAAUCAGCAGUGUCUGUAACCUUUCCCUAAUGUGAAGACAUAUUUAGCAUCUCUUUUGUUCAUUUCUUGUUUGAAAUGUUUGCAGAAACUCAUUUUGCUGGAUUGUUUGUAGAAAUCGUCCUUUAGCAGUAUGCAGAGACGUUUGAUUUGUAUGCUGCAGGAAGCUGCAAAUAUCCUGACAGUGUUUCUAUUAAUCAUGUGGAGGCAGGCCAUACAGCCAAGGAAGGAAACUAACCACCAGCUAAAGGUCUAAACCUCACUGAUCUGCAAAAUAAUCAAUGCAAGCGGUCCAAUGUGAAUUCUGAUUUAAUCACAAGAAGGCCAGAAAUGUGUAUUUUGCCUUUUGCGAGUGAUGUCUGAGCCGAGAAGCAGGCCGCUUUAACGUUGCUGUUAUAGAUAUAAUAGAGUUCAAAGCUUCGCACCAUCUGCUAAUGCUGCCCCCCACCCCCAACCAUCAGGCACUGUUGCUUACUUGUGAUCUGCGUCACACAUGCCACUUUAAAAAGGGAUUAAGAGGGGAUUCUUCCUUUUGUUGCUGUUCAUGCCCUGGUCUGAUAGUUUUGACAAUAGAAAUAGCAGCAGAUCAGAGGUAAAGCCGCUGCUCUCGCCCUGCGGGAUAUUCGAAAAUCAAGCAGAAAAUUGUUUGUCAGAGGUUGUAAAAUUUAAACCUGCUCAUGGGAACUUCUUAUACUGUUGAACCUAAACUGAUAUGUGAUGAUGUUGCUGCUUGUAUCUGAGGUGAAGUGCGGUCCUCACACGUGCAGUAAAAAUCAUUUUAUAAUCUUCCGUCUGUGUUCAUGAGCCCAAAUGUGCUCGAUCCUCGUGGAAAUGAAGCAGUAUUGUCUUUUUUUCGAGUUCACCGAGUUCAUCCCUAGAAUGCAUCCUACACACUUUAGCCUUUGGGUUUAACAUUUAUUUGAUGUUUAAGCCAGGCUCUGUUCUUAUUUCACUGACUAGAGAAGGCGCCCUCGGGUGUUCUUCAGCAUCAUCUCUUGUAUAUUUUAUUCAGCUUAAAUUUGAAGGCUGACAUGAUUCACUGCUGCCUAUGAAAACAGUUUUUUCUGACAGUGACGCGGCUGACUUUGAAACCAGAUUACUGAUGUAGUGGUUGUUCACACACUGACUUUAUUUAGUCCAGACUGAGUGGAGUGUUUUUGUGCUAAGUGUAAACUGAAGGAAGCGCUGAUGUUUUAAACCCUGCAGCUGGUUAACCAACUGCACCAACGGCUGUUUUGUCAACGGGCCCACCUGUGUCUUUUGCACAAUGUCAAACGUGUUGUACUUUUAAUUGAUGACAAAGGGCAAUAAAAUCAUUUUGGUGGAAAUCCA